GCCACAUGGAGCAUCACUGCCAGGCAUUCAAGUUUCCCAUGUCCUGCCGAGUACAAGGGUGACAAGGGGGUGGGAUAGAGUAUCUUUACUUUUCCUUCGCUCGCACACCUCACCAACCUCCCGAUUAAAGACAUUUCCAUUUGCAAGCAACUCUUACGAUUCAAAUCCAAUUCUAUCAACCGCAAUCAUGGCACCCCAACCCAUCGGCACCAAGAAGAUUCCCGCGAAAACAGCGCAAUCGAGGGCUCUCCAACUCAACAAGAAGCCUGUUACAUCAUCUGUCCAGCCCACAAAGAAGCCCAUCACGCCCGUCCAGGCCGCGAAAAAGCCCAUAACCACAGCCCAGAAGAAAACCCCAGUAACCUCGACAAAGGUCAUCCAGCCGACAAAGAAACUCACCACUCCAAUCGGAACAGUGAAGAAGACACUUCCAAAGGCUCUUCCAAAGGCGCUCCCCACACCAGCCAAGGUCACACAACCGCAGGGCUGGAUCGGCCGCACAGUCUCCCAAGCAACAUCCGGCGUGGGGAAUUUCGCCGGCGCAAUCGUGUCUGCGGCGGGUAAUGGUGUCGCUGGAGCUGGAAAGGGUGCUGGUGCUAGUAUCGCAAACUCAUCGCGCAGCUGGGGCGACAUGGUUCGCGAGUACGGCAACUCCAUCAAGGACGUGACGGGCGCGGCAGGAAGCCGGGCAACCACCAAGACGAAUCCGCUAGGCCUAUCCACGGGAGCGGCGGGUGGAAAGGCGAGCAUGGCGAUGAGGAGUGGAGUCACACCGAGUAGCGUGAAGACAGGGAGCGCAAGCAACCCUCUGGGAUUGUAGGAAUUUUUUUACGAAGAGAGAACGACUGUACGAUAUUGUGGUGAGAAUUCAAGUACGAAGCAAGCUAGACAUGACAUGGCAUUAGUUGUAGGCACGUGGCUGG